CUCGAACCAUCCGUCGUCGCCAGCAAGACGAUCGAAACCUCCAAUCUAUCACCAAAAAAGCGAAAAAAUAAACCCGACUCCGCCGGAAAAGUUAAACUACGAGGACGCCGCGACGGAGCCCUCGACGCCACGUACCGGAUAAAAACAAGAACGAAUAAGAUCCAUCAUCCGGAAAUAUGCUGCUGCCUCGUAUUAAUCAUCGCCUCCUCCUCCUCCGCCACCUUUCCUCUCCCCCGCCCUUCCUCUCCUCCCCCUCCUCCUCUCCUUCGAGGUUCCUGUCCUCUUCUAAGCCCCCCUCGCCGGCAUCGAACCUCCGAUCCGGAGUAAUGACGGGUCCCAUGGGGGUGCAGCCACCGAAGCUCGUCUUCCGCCAGCUGUUCGAGAAGGAGUCCUCCACCUACACCUACCUGCUCGCCGACGUCGCCCACCCCGACAAGCCCGCUCUGUUGAUUGAUCCGGUGGAUAGAACAGUUGACAGAGAUCUUUCCCUUGUUAAAGACCUGGGAUUGAAACUCAUUUAUGCUAUGAAUACUCAUGUCCAUGCUGAUCAUAUCACCGGAACAGGCUUGAUAAAGGAUAUGGUGCCAGGUGUGAAGUCUGUCAUUUCCAAAGCUAGCCAUUCAAAAGCAGAUCUUUUGAUAGAAGCUGGGGAUAAAAUAUGUCUUGGCAGUUUGUUUCUGGAGGUGCGAGCUACUCCUGGUCAUACUUUGGGUUGUGUUACAUAUGUAACAGGAGAUGGGCUUGAUCAACCUUAUCCUAGGAUGGCAUUCACUGGUGACACACUGCUUAUACGUGGCUGUGGAAGGACAGAUUUUCAGGGCGGAAGUUCGAGUCAGCUCUAUCAAUCAGUUCAUUCACAGAUAUUUACAUUGCCAAAGGAUACUUUGGUGUAUCCUGCUCAUGACUACAAAGGGUUCACUGUUAGUACAGUUGGAGAAGAGAUGCUCUAUAAUCCUCGUCUGACAAAAGAUGAGGAAACAUUCAAGAGUAUUAUGGAAAAUCUGAACUUGCCAUAUCCAAAAAUGAUUGACGUGGCAGUGCCUGCAAAUAUGGUUUGUGGACUGCAAGAUCGAGCAGCAAAAGCCUAACCAUUCCUCUGGCUGGUCUGGCAGGUUAAAGCCCCAGAAAUACCAUGUGAAAGAAAAUGUAGCUUCAUUUGCAAUCAUGUAUGUGUCUGCAUCAUUUUACUUGUAUACCUGAUCAUUCCAAGUAGCUUCAGAUAUAUCAAACUCCUUGUCAUAAAUUCAAGUAUUAUCAAUCAUCAUGGCAUGUCACUUGCCAUCACCGUUCUUGAUGAAGAAAAUGUACAAAUGGGGCAUGGAAGAAAUAAAAAGUUCAAGUUACGUGUAUGGAAACAAACUUUUGCAUCCAAA